UUUCUAGCAAAGCCUAAUAUUUCCUAACCUACCUAGGUACCUAAGGACCUAGUAGCUAUUACAAUGAUAUGACUUAUCACUUUUCCAUCAGAGAAGAAAAAUGUUGCUAGGUAGCUGAUGUAAAUGAAAGGAUGGGUCGAUGUUCACCUACUUCUUCUUUGCCAUAGCCAAUCACACAUCACGAUGUUACGCUGCAUAAUAUGUGGGAUCCUAGUUGCAUUUCUUUAUUUCUUUAUGUUUCAUCCUAUUUUCCCAUCUGGGCAUCCUUACUUCAAGCUUACCAAAACAUACAUUUCUUCCCUGUCACAAAUUCGCUGCAUUGAAAUAAAAGAAUGAUAAACUUUGAUCCGGCUUCGUUUUCGCGACCAACCAUCGAUAUCACACAAUGACAGGCAUUUGCAACUGCAGACAUCCCGUUGUUCAGCACGUAGCGGAGAGCCUCUGGAUGUGUACUGAGUGCGUGAUAAAAGUUCCUGAAGACGAAGAGCUCGCGGACCCUCAGAUUAGGACCGAAAGUAGCCAAAGGAUAGUCAGACAAUCAUCUUUAAAUCUCUCUUGGCCGAGGAGUGUGGAUUACAUCGACGAUGAUUCAAUAGAAACAGCUGUCAUUGAGAGACUAGAGAAGACAGAGUCUACCCCGUAUUCAAAUGAGCGAGAACCCCCCUUGAGUCAACUGCAGGCAGAAGACGAAAACGAAUACGGUAAUUCCUCGAUCUCGCCUAAGGCAGAGGCCGCUGGAAUAAAGUAUUAUCCGUACGAACCCUUAGAUCCGACGCAAUCUAUGAACGCCGGAAAUGAUCCAUCGAUUAGGAUAUUCCGAUUGUCUCGUGGGAAUCAUGAGGAUCCACUACACGGCAUAUUGAUACCUAUGCCACUUAAUGCAUGUCCAAAUUACGACGCAGUAUCAUAUACAUGGGCAGAUGAGACGGGCGAUAGUGUAAGAAGACGGCCUCUAUACAUCGGAAAAUCAUGGCACAGACUUGCUAUCACAAGAAACUGCGAGGCAGCUCUUCGACGAUUUCGCCAACGUGACCAAGCAAUUGACUUGUGGGUCGACUCAAUUUGUAUUAACCAGGAGAAUGCGGAUGAGAGGCGCCAGCAGGUCAGGUUGAUGCCUAAUAUCUACUUGACAGCGAACAGCGUCCUUGUUUACUUAGGGACAGGCUCACAUUAUACGAGCGACGCAAUGUUCGUGCUAGGUAUGCAGGAAAAGUCAGCCGAGAUAUAUCUGCAUGAUCCUAAAUACAUUGAAGCCCUAAGAUUCCUCUUUCGCCUUCCCUACUUUUCUCGCAUCUGGAUCAUUCAGGAGCUAGCUCUCGCGAAGGAAGUACGUCUCUACCAUGGGUACGAUCGACAGUCAAUUUACUUAUUCCAUGCUCGAAAUAGAGUCCAGCAGAUAUUCAAGGCUACCGCCCCUGAAGACGUUAUGCCUCUUUGGCUGCAACACUACGAAAAAAGGUCCAGUUCUUCCAGAGAUAUAGGAACUUUGAUCUUCGACGGUAUGUCCAGCAAUGCAUCUCUACCAGAAGAUAAAGUGUUUGCCUUCUUUGGCAUGAUAUAUGGUGCGGAUAUGGAAGGAUUGGUCGCAGAUUACAAUCUAUCAGUGGAACAAGUCUAUACCGGCAUUGCCGCCUAUUUAGUCUCUCGAGGCCAUUUGCUAGAUGUUCUAGUGCGAUCAAGCUGCGGGAAUUCGAAGAGAGAGAUAUCCGAUAACUGCCGUCGCCUUAACCUCCCAUCGUGGGUGCCCGAUUUUCGUCGAGUGACUCCAGGAAGUAAUGUUUACUGUAAGUCCGCACAUGGACCUGUCCAGAAUUUGCCCAAACACGAAAUGGAACCACGACUCGCAGGAGUCCUACGGAAGACUGGAUCUUUGGUUAUCCGUGGAUAUCUGUUGAAUAUCCUUUUAAAAGGAUCUGCACCAGAUUACCAAUAUGAGGAUCCCAGUUUCGGCGUCCAUAUCAAUGUUGAAUUCCAGAAGGAGUUGUUCAACCCGACGACAGACACUAUCCUUCUGAUAUACUCCAAAGAUCAUGUAUCAUCUGUAUUGCAUCUUCGAAGAGCUAAGGCUCACGACCACCACAACAUUUAUACAUGCGCCGGGUAUUGUAGGGUCCGUUUCAAAGUUUUGCCUAAGAUAAUUCAUCCCGGAGUGAAGGGUCUAUCUCACAGGUCUACCAACAAAUUCUCUAAAGAUGACAUGACAAGGCUUUUAUUAAUCAACAGGCCCUUGAUAGACGACUUCUCUCACCUAGGCCAAUUCGCAUUUAACUACCUUUGGACUAUCUAUAAAUUCCUAGGGAAGAAUGCCCAUAUAGAAAGGAUAUUCGAUCCGCGACCUUUCCCGUGUCCCCAGAUAAGCGAGAAUCCCUGGGAAGAUUACCAGGUAUUGGUUAGAGGCGCUUCGACCCACGCCUAUCAACGCGACGAAGAAAUGCCGAGUGUCCAAGUCCGACUUCUAGCCUUUGCCAAAUUCUACGACUUUUGGGUAUCAAAAGGGAACCAAAAUGUUAUAAACAGCCUCGCAAUUAUCAUCGGAGGAGGUAUUAGGAGUACACGGACCAACUAUAAUGAUCUGUGGAAUGAAUGGCUCCAGGAUUAUGACAUAGCCAGAUCUGCUGCUGAGAGUCUCAUCAGAGCAACCAUCAUGCCCACAACCAUCGAUCAAAAUAUGAUAGAUGAAAUCCAAACGAAAAUCGAGCAUUGGAAAGACUCGACAUUGAAUUUGAUGAAUGGGCUCAGCUGGCCUUUGUUCUUCAGUCACAAGUUUGUGGUAUUACAGGAUGAAAAUACGGGCGGUUGUAUACUGGAUUCGUUGAACCCACGUCAUGUUAGAGAACUAUUCGAUGACCCCUUUUCAGGCAUUGAAAUGCGGAUCAAAUCUCUUGGCCAGGGAUGUCUCGACCGUCUCAAUGAAGGACCAAGCAAUCCUUAUGCGGAACAAUGCACCGAGUACAUCACAGAACGUUUGCCGUUUUUGAUCGGGGAUUGGUUCCAUUUUAUGGAAGUGCUGUCUUGGGUCCCCGAGGGAGACACGGCGACGGAUGAAGUCAGAAUCGCGUUUCAACACUUCCAGUCGCCCAGCGGUGAUUUCGUGCAUCCUUUACAUCGGAGAGACAACCAGCCCACUACCCCCCUAAUCAGGGCAGAAAGGGAGACGGUCAUCAUUAUUUAAUCAGACUAGGCACAAACCAUUCAGCUAUAAGGAGAUUCGCUCGAAGAUGAAGUCGGUUUCGAAGUUUGAGUCCUUUAUAAAGUUGGGCUGAAUAUAGAUUGAAUGAAUUAAAAUAGUUCCCCCUUUUUACCAAGACCCCUUAGUCACGGAUUAUCUCCGGUAUUUAAGGUUAACUCCGAUACGGGGUGAAUAGGGACCUAGCGGGCGGUGAAGGAGUUUCCCGGAUUUCGUUAACAUUAGCCUAUAGAUAAAGUUGCGAGAUAGGAACUACCGCCAAAGAAAAAAAAAGUACGCCCUUGCUUUCAAGGCCUGACGACUCUUUCCUCCUCGUCAACUUCACUACCUACCCUCUACCCUUGAGCCUUCCAAGACAAUUCCUCCAACUACUGCCUCAGAUGGCAACAGCCAACUCGAGUGUGGCUCGGACCAGGAAUCUUAACGCUAUCAUCUCGACAGCUCGUGGCAGCAGAAGUCAAGUCAAUCGCCACCAACGUCAUGGCUUCCACAUCGCAGCAGGUAAAUCAGAUUUCUUACUAAUUCCCCUUUCCCAAAUAUCUACCGAGGGUAAGGGGAAAAUAAAAUUCAAGCAUCGGGAGCUCCCCACAUUAUUAAAUCUUACUGUCCUCAUUGUUCCCUGAUUGCUCCUGAUUACGUACGUAACGAUAUCAGGUGUUUGCUAUAUCGCCCGAUGUUCGG